CUUUUAACAUCGAUAAAGCACAGCAUGAAGUUCAUUGCCAAUGAUAUAUUCAGGAUUCUUGAAAGCUACACGAUCUAGGAAUCAUUUGAAAGCUUCUAGCAGGCAGCAUCGAUCAACACGAAAACAACAACCAGGUUCGCAAGAAUUAUAUAUAGCCUAUAUAUCCGCAGUCAUGACAGAUAGUACGGGAGCAGAGAGGUACAGUCAAAUACAAGAUUCAAAGAAGUUAUAUUCUAGUCCUAUGGUAAGAUGCCCAACCCGUGUUCAGCUAUCCGAUAUUGCUCGAGAUAUGGGCCUUCAUCUGGAAGACGAUGAACUUAAGCACUUUCAUGCAGAGAUAGAAGGAAGCAUUGAGAAAAUCAACGAGACUGAAGAUAUCCCGGAGCCGAGGUUGCCAACUAAGUACCCCAGACUUCCAGGGUACAGGCCAGGGAAAGAAGAGAACGCAUAUAAUGCAUGGUACUGGAAAUGUGAAAUCAAGGGCGCCAGUGAUGGUAAAUUGGUUGGAAAACGAGUGGCUGUCAAGGAUACCGUCGCUGUAGCAGGGAUUCCUAUGAUGAAUGGAUGCCACGCCCUAGAAGGUUUCACACCAGACUUUGAUGCAACGGUCGUGACUAGGAUACUAGAUGCAGGAGGCACUAUUGUCGGGAAGGCGACAUGCGAGGAUCUCUGCUUUUCUGGGUGUAGCUCUACUGCUGCCAAAGGACCCGUCAAAAACCCACACGAUCCUACCCGAAGCGCAGCAGGGUCAAGUUCAGGAAGCGCUGUUGUUGUCCAGACUGGAGAAGCUGACAUGUCAAUCGGUGGAGACCAAGGAGGUUCGAUCCGUCUACCGGCUGCAUGGACUGGGGUUGUCGGUCUCAAGCCCACGUACGGUCUGGUGCCGUAUACUGGAGCGAUGGGUAUGGAGAUGUCCGUGGAUCACCUUGGACCCAUGGCAAGGACGGUUCACGAUUGUGCUCUGCUCCUUGAGGUGAUUGCGGGUUAUGAUGGUGGGCUUGACGCAAGACAACACCCUCACAUAACAGUACCUGAAUACACAAAAGAGAUGGAAAACGCAAGCAUCGAGGGACUAAAAGUAGGACUCCUAUCUGAGGGAUUUUCUAUGAAAGGAGCAGAUGAAGCCGUCAACAAAUUAGUGAAGGAAACCCUUAACAAACUAACCGCAGAGGGAGCUGUUGUAAAAGAUGUAUCUGUUCCCCUGCAUACAAAAUCCAGCAAUAUUUUUAUGGGAGCAAUCGCAGAAGGGGCUUAUGAACAUGUGUGCCGACUAGGAAGUUGUGGCAUAGGCCAUGUUGGUUAUUAUCCGACCAGCUUCGCAAUAGCAUUGGGGAAAAUGUUUUCUUCAAGAGUAGAUGACCUCUCUAACUCAAUGAAGGUAUACAUGCUCCAAGGUGAAUACCUCCAAAAGCACUACAAAGGGCAGGUCUACUGUCGAGGUCGUAACUUGGUGUUCACGCUCCGUCAAGCCUAUGACAAGGUAUUCGAGACGGUGGACGUUCUGGCAAUGCCGACCAUACCAUUCACAGCUUCUAAGCUCAUCUUCAAGAAUGACCCAUUGUCUGAAUACUUCAGGAAAUGCUAUGAAAUGUUGGACAACACGAUGGCCUUUAAUCUGACUGGUCACCCGGCCAUUAGCGUCAAUGCGGGCUACCUCGGGGGCUUACCGGUCGGGCUAAUGAUCGUAGGAAAACACUACGAUGAGGUCACGGUCUUCAAAGUGGCCCAGGCUGUUGAGAAAAUCAGAGAUGAGAAGAAGUAGCAACAUACCAUCACUGCAGGAAAUUUAGUGAAACGCCAGACUUGAGAAAGAAAGCACGCCAGAAUUAGUUUAUAUUACAACCUGACAAGCGGACAUUCUGAGCACUUUUGACAGGAUUGAUACCUAAAUAGCAAAAUGUCCGAGCGCGAAGCGCGAGCUAAAUUCGGGUUUUUCUCUUAGAUUUUGACCCCGAAAUGGGACAUUCUAAGCACUUUUUCUAACAAUGGAAAGGAUGGGUUUCUUUACUAAAUAAAUGAGGCGAGCGCGAAGAAAGAAAGAGCGAUUUUUAAAAAAAUAUUCCAAUUAAAAAAAACAUUUUAAUCGUCUUUUUAAUCAAUAAUACACUGUGUAACCCCAAAAAACAAUUAAUGAAAGCAAGCGCGAAGCGCGAGCAGAAUUUUUUGUAUAUACCGACUUAAGAAGGACUAUUUUAAGCUUUGAUUCCUCUUGUAAUUGUUUUUUCUUUUUCUUUCCUUUUUUUUGCAUCGCCAUGGGGGGAGCGGCCACUUUGCCCCCUGGAUAUGCCUAUGUAUACUGACCUGAAAUAAAUAACAUUUAAGGACUUAUGUAUGUGGGAUCUAUGAAGAGGAAACGUUGCUCACUAGUUAAAUAUUGAGAGCGCGUAGAGCCAGCUGAGUUUUAUAUUCAAUCCUUUUUUGUGAUCUUGAACAGGAUACCUAUCUCGUUAAACAGACUUAAAUCGCGAGCAUAUUGUUUUUUUUUUUAUUAUCGUAAAAACGGGAUAGAUUAAUUCAGCCGCAUUUAAUUUUUUAGGGGGUGGGGGCAGGGCAUGUAUCUCGCUAUAACCAGGCAUUACGAGCAAUUUUGCGCCCCCAGUCGAACAUGACUUUGCAUGGCGCCCCCCUAAGUUUAAGGUCAAUUUAGCGCCCUCGGUCAAACAUGAAUUUGGCACCCCAAU